UUUGUAUAAAAAGUAAUAGAAAUGAGAGCCUCUCCCCCAGCACAGGGUUUCAUUUAAGGUUAGAUGAAUUGUUACGGGCAUCGGAUCAAGGUAUUCCUGAACAAGUGACAAGCUGGCUUUUCAAGACAGUGCUGUAACUCGCCACUGAACCAACACAUUUGGAACAGUUCAUAGCACCAAAAACUUCAUCCACGUGGACUGAUGCCAUCUUGGCACUCUCCAGACACUGUGAGCUGAAGUUAAACAUCUUUAUGGAGUUUAUAACACCUGGGUCAAAAGGAAUAUUCUUCUGAUACACAAGGAGCUCCCUUCCUGCCAGUAUGACGAGCCAGGAGAAGUGGGUUAACCUUAGCCCUGGAGAGUUCUCUCAACUUCAGAAAUAUGCAGAAUAUUCCACCAAGAAAAUUAAGGAUGUCUUAGAAGAAUUCCAUGGCAAUGGCGUGUUAGCAAAAUAUAAUCCCGAAGGGAAACAAGAUAUACUUAAUCAAACAAUUGAUUUAGAGGGGUUCAAGCUGUUCAUGAAGACUUUUCUGGAGGCAGAGUUACCAGAUGAUUUCAUUGAACACCUUUUUACAUCAUUUAGGAACAAAAUCUCUCACUGCAGCCCAUUAAUUAAAAACAAACCACAGCACCUUUCUGGGGUUAAGGUGUCUGAAGAGAGAUGGAAACAGAUGCCAGGUCUGAGACUUAACAAGGGUACCUCUACAUCCAGACCUCCUACUCCUGCCAACUCACAUUUGCCAGACAUGAUCCAGCUGAAGGAUAUUGUUUGCUAUUUGUCACUGCUAGAAAGAGGAAGACCUGAAGACAAGCUAGAAUUUAUGUUUCGCUUGUAUGAUACAGAUGGGAAUGGAUACCUGGAUAGUUCGGAGCUGGAAAAUAUCAUUGGUCAAAUGAUGCAUGUUGCAGAAUACCUUGAAUGGGAUAUUACUGAAUUAAGCCCGAUUCUUCAUGAAAUGAUGGAAGAAAUUGACUAUGAUCAUGAUGGCACUGUUUCCCUGGAAGAGUGGAUCCAAGGAGGAAUGACAACAAUCCCGCUCUUGGUCCUUCUUGGAUUAGAAAAUAAUGUGAAAGAUGAUGGGCAGCAUGUAUGGAGAUUGAAACACUUCAACAAGCCUGCCUACUGUAAUCUUUGUUUGAACAUGCUGAUCGGAGUGGGCAAGCAAGGUCUCUGCUGUUCUUUUUGCAAGUAUACAGUCCAUGAACGCUGCGUCUCCAGAGCUCCUGCGUCUUGCAUCAAAACAUAUGUGAAGUCUAAAAAGAAUACUGAUGUAAUGCACCAUUUUUGGGUAGAAGGAAACUGUCCAACAAAAUGUGAUAAGUGUCACAAAACUAUCAAGUGUUAUCAAGGCUUGACUGGACUUCACUGUGUUUGGUGUCAGAUUACAUUACACAACAAGUGUGCUUCACACCUGAAACCUGAAUGUGACUGUGGACCUUUGAAGGACCAUAUUUUGCCACCCACGUCAAUCUGCCCAGUAGUGUUGACGCUUCCCACUUUAGGAGGUUUGCUCCCUGAGGAAAGACAAUCAACAGUGAAAAAAGAAAAGAGCUGCACCCAGCAAAUGAACAAACUGGGAGAACGGAACAAAAUGCAAAGAGCAAAUUCUGUCACCGUAGACGGACAAGGCCUUCAGAUCACUCCAGUUCCAGGCACUCAUCCACUUUUAGUUUUUGUCAAUCCUAAAAGUGGUGGGAAACAAGGAGAAAGAAUUUAUAGAAAAUUUCAGUACCUUUUAAAUCCUCGUCAAGUUUAUAGUCUUUCUGGAAAUGGACCUAUGCCAGGGUUAAAUUUUUUCCGAGAUGUUGCUGAGUUCAGAGUACUAGCAUGUGGUGGAGAUGGAACAGUGGGCUGGAUUUUGGAUUGCAUAGAGAAAGCGAACUUGAUUAAGCAUCCUCCUGUUGCUAUCCUGCCUCUUGGGACUGGCAAUGAUUUAGCAAGGUGUCUGAGAUGGGGAGGAGGGUAUGAAGGUGAGAAUUUGAUGAAGAUCUUAAAAGACAUUGAGAACAGCUCAGAGAUUUUACUGGACAGGUGGAAAUUCGAAGUAAUACCCAAUGAUAAAGAUGAGAAGGGAGACCCAGUGCCUUACAACAUCAUCAAUAACUACUUUUCUAUUGGCGUGGAUGCUUCAAUUGCCCACAGAUUCCAUAUCAUGAGGGAAAAACAUCCAGAGAAGUUCAACAGUAGAAUGAAGAACAAAUUUUGGUAUUUUGAAUUUGGCACUUCGGAAACUUUCUCAGCCACCUGUAAGAAGCUGCAUGAAUCUGUAGAAAUAGAAUGUGAUGGAAUUCAGCUGGACUUAAUCAAUAUCUCUCUGGAAGGAAUUGCCAUUCUAAACAUCCCAAGCAUGCAUGGUGGAUCAAAUCUUUGGGGAGAGACAAAGAAAAGACGAAGCCACCGUCGGACAGAAAAGAAGAGGUCAGAUAAAAGAACCACCGUUAUAGAUGCCAAGGAAUUGAAGUUUGUGUGCCAAGAUCUAAGUGACCAGCUUAUGGAAGUGGUGGGUCUGGAAGGAGCCAUGGAGAUGGGACAGAUAUACACAGGUCUGAAAAGUGCUGGAAGACGGCUUGCCCAGUGCUCAUCUGUUGUCAUCAGGACCAGCAAGUCUCUGCCUAUGCAGAUAGAUGGAGAACCUUGGAUGCAAACUCCUUGCACGAUAAAAAUUACUCACAAGAACCAAGCCCCCAUGUUGAUGGGACCGCCUCCAAAAACUGGUCUUUUCUCUUCUAUCAUCAAAAGAACAAGGAACCACAGCAAGGAAUAAGCCUAUGUAGUUUAGUUAAAAAAAACAAACAACAACAACAACAAAAAAAAACAAUUAGCUUUGUUGGGCUUUGGAAUAUUUAUGCUGGAAAUCUUUCAAGAAUUUUAGAAUAUCUUCUAUUUGCAAAAUCUUGGAUUUUGGUUUAACUGUUCUGUAGCUGAGCUGAUGUAAAACUAUGCUACUAGAAAAAGAUGUUGUCACAGUUUUGUAGGCAUUUUGCAUGAUGAAAGCAGAUGUUUACAUACAGUGAUACAGCAUAUUUUUUGUUGCAUGCAUUACCAUUUACUAAUCUGUGGUCUUAUUCUGCCAUGGAAUACGGGAAGAGAAUGUCAUGGAUAAUUUGAUUUUCUCUCUUUUCUGUUUCAGCUUUUUCUACUACAAUAACCAUAUGCCAUAAGUUCAAUAAUAUCUCUUCAAUCAAACAUCUUUAGAUGAAUAGUCAAUCUGACCUGUUUCAGAGUAGAAUCAUUGCAAGUCUCCUUAGCCAUUAUUUUUAGUUUAUCAUUUCUUUCUACCCUGAGAAUAUUUUUAUUCAACUAAGUAUUAAAAUCCUGUAAGUUAUUCUGAUAACUCCUAUGUACAUGUGUAACUGUACCUGCUGAAAACAUCUAACAAUAUGCACAGUAUUAAUGAUCAUGAUUGUUCUUGUGUAAGUUAGAGUAAGCUUUUGUUAAGAUUAAAAGUUGAUGAAAGUUUGAGCAAAAACUAUGGGACUAAGAUCGUGCUGAGUGAAGAUAAUAAUAAUUGCAAAACUAGCCAUCAGUGUUUGUUGAAAGCCUAGAAUUAUUUUCAUGAGCAAUACAUCUCUGUAACAUGGCAAACUUUAAAUCAUUCUCCACAUAGACCAAUAGCAUAGUGCAUAUGCACACAAAUAACCAAAGCUCAUGCCUAAUUAAAGUGCAUUUCCCACCAAAGAUUUAGUGAAGGAUGCUUCAGAGAAAUGGGUUAAUGCAUAAUUAAUCAAACUCACUGGAGUAGAUUCACUUCUGAAAAUUUACAGUUCUUUUGAUUGCAUUGUCAAUGUCCAGACAAAUGUUUGGGUAGGGAAAAACAUUAAAUUAAUUUCAAGUAAAUAUUCCCUUUUCAUUGUUUCAUGAGUUGAUUGACAUAGUAACAUAUGCUAAAUAUUGAGACAUAGAUGCAAACUCUAAAUAUUAGAAAAUUAAACAUUUCUUUUCCUGUCAUAAUAAUUUAUAAAUUUAUGCUAUCCAUAAUUACUCAUCCCCUAAGUUAAUCUCUCAAGGAAAUGAUGACCUGUUGUCUAUUACCCUUUUGUAGUUUGCUCUCUGAAAUCCAGACAUUUCUUAUCAUAAAUUUUGGUGAGGCAGUUGCUCAGGUUUUAACUUUCUUAGCUCUCUGAGAGACUUCCUAACAGCUUAGAAAUCAUAAUACAGGGAUUUGUCUGAGGUUUGCACAGCACUGUCUAAUGUUGAAGGGAAGUCGAAGAAUGGCAAAUUUUUUCAGUCUUGCAUAUAAACAAUCUCAAACAAAACUUUUUGUGCAGUCUUUACAUUGUUCUUUGUUCAGAGUGAGCUGCUUCUCAGCUCUGCAUGUCUUAAGUUCUCAGAGAUUUCAUAAAAAACAAGGAAAAAAUAAAAUUUUGCUUGAAAUGCAUGAUUUCCCGUUUUUAUCCAGACUUUAAAAUGUUAAUUAUUUAUUAAAUCUAUUUUUCUAUUGAUUCAUUCAUCCAUUUUAAAAAUAAUACUUCGUCAUGCUGUAGUGCACGGUACUGUGCAUGUAUUUAAAUAAAGUUACUAUCAUUUGUUUCUCAGUAUAAGAAUUCAACAGAGUCCUAAUUUAUAUAAUAGACAUUAAAAUAAAAGUCAGUAUAUAGUUGGUAAGGAUUAUGUCUUUGAAAUAUACAGUCUAUGUUCUGUAAACAUUAGGAGGUAAAUGCCAAUUAAUGUUUUGUUCAGCAUUAGGUAGAAAAAUAUGAAGGUGAUUAUUCGCUAAAAUUAAGAUCUUGUAUUCACCAUUCUUGGGUCCAGUGGUGUUGACAUUUACAGUUACCAUAGGAGUAAACUAGUAUUUUUCCUGUGCAUUGCAGACACACACACACACAGAAGCAUUUGAUGCACUGAACUACAAACAUGCAUAAGUAUAGAGCAAAGGUUAUUUGCAAAAAGAAGGAAUUUGCUGAUAUAAUAUUAUGUUAAGUGUAUAUUGGUUUUAUGAAAUUAUGGUUACAGGUGAUAAAUAUUUUCACAUAACUUGACAUAGGAUUUUCUACCAAUGCUCUCAACUUUUUGUGGCAAAAAUGUGUUUAACAAUAAUAUAUAAUGUGUUCUCUAUGAUUAUCUCAUGAACAUUGUAACUCUGAAAACAAAUAAAAUUAUACAUAAGCUAUUACUAAAUAA